AUGAGUCCUUAUAAUAAAAAAACUGGGUUCUGUGCUUCAUGCCUCAGAGAACACUUGGUUGGUAUUGAAUCCUUUGUUAACAACGACACUCCCACCCGAAACCAAGCUGGUUCUGGUUCUGAGCGUGGAUUGCUUGAUGAGGGCGAGAUUAGGGUUUCUAAGCGUGGAUUGCUUGAUGAGGAAGAUGGUUGUGAGUUAAGGCCUAUGAAGGAGUUUACAGAUCUCGAAUGCAAGAAGAAGAAGAAAGGUAUAGGGAAGGAUUUGAAGGACAUUGCUGGGACAUUUUGGGUUGCUGCCUCUGGUUUGAGCAAGAAGUUGAGGAAAUGGGGGCGAAAACCGAAGGGCAAGAAGCUCAACAACGAUGAUGACAAUGAUGGUGGGGUUUUAGGGGUUGAGAGAUGUAGUCCUAGGCAUUUGAGAGAAACCCAAUCAGAGGUUGGAGACUAUGGGUUGGGGCGUAGGUCUUGUGAUACCGAUCCAAGAUUAUCCAUGGAUGCUGGUCGAAUGUCAUUGGAUGAAUACAGGUACUCCUUUGAUGAACCUAGAGCCUCUGGGGAUGGGUAUUUGAUUGGCAGAGCUGCAUAUCCACGGCUAACUCCAAUGGUCUCGGUUGUAGAGGGUGGAAUUUGGUGAAAGAAUGAUUGGUGGAUUGGAAGCAGAGAAGGAGGAAUUGAAGAACAGUGGAUUGGAGAUGGCUGAGCAGGCAGAUGUGGUGAGGAAUUGGCUGAGGUUUAAUGAUGGGGGGGAGUUGGUGGCGGCGAUUGGUCGGGAGGAUACGAUUUAUGCGAUGGAUA